AUGUUCAAAAAGGCCGUCAAAGACCACCCAGGUGUGGGAGCCGCAGCCGGAGUCGGAGCAUCAGGCUCGGCCAAACCACUGCAGUCCAAUCUGCUCCGCGCCAACCCGCUCGUCUCCUCCAAGCCGCAACCUCCCCAGCCCACCGGCGUCAAGCGAAAAAUCGAUAUGACCAACACAGGCUCCUCGGCCCUGGGUUCCCUCCACAGUGGGGUCUAUUUCGACGAAAACGACUUCGACGAUGACCUUGAUCUCGAUAUUGAUGAACCGUUGCCCUUCAUCGCACCGCCCACUACAACUACCUCGAAGCCGGACCCGGUAUCGUACCCCGAUCUCGAGAUCCUUCCAGCGAAACCUAGCAAACCAAUCGUCGCCGCGCGCAAAACAUCGCCGUCAGAUAUCAAUUAUCCCGAUUUGCCCCCGAAUUCCCAAGAACAUGCAGCACCUCCCAGCAGUAUGCCACUGCCAUGGUCGUCGUCGCCGCCAGCCCAUUUCCAACCGCCGCCCAAACCACGCAACCUGCCAUGGUUGAAGGAGACCAAGGAAGAACAUGCACAACAGCCCAAGAAGAGCCUUGCAACCCCCAAACGUCAAAAGCCAGCUGAGUUUUGGAAUAAGAGUGCCAGUGCCAUUAAGGAUGAGCAGAAGGAACUCAGGCGGGAAUCCAAGAAAUCCCAAAACGAUGAUGCUGCGAAAUCGAAAAUCACCCCCAAAGUCCCGGGUGUCUUCCUGAGUGAUGAACAAAGAGGCGUUGUGGAAGCCGUUGUGGAGCGUGGGAAGAGUAUAUUUUUCACCGGAUCUGCGGGUACCGGAAAGUCUGUUUUGAUGAGAGAGAUUAUCAAGAAGCUGCGCAUCAAGUACAAACGGGAACCAGACCGUAUUGCAGUGACUGCAUCAACAGGUCUCGCGGCUUGUAAUAUUGAAGGUGUCACCCUUCACAGUUUUGCUGGCAUUGGGCUGGGCAAAGAACCUGUACCAGAAUUGGUCAAGAAGAUCAAGAAGAAUCAGAAGGCCAGGAAUCGUUGGUUGCGCACAAAAGUUCUGGUCGUUGAUGAGGUGUCAAUGGUGGAUGGUGAUCUAUACGACAAACUCGAGGAGAUCGCUCGCCGUAUUCGGAACAACGCUCGGCCCUUUGGCGGCAUACAGCUUGUUGUCACUGGGGAUUUCUUCCAACUGCCUCCAGUCCCGGAAGGUGGCAAUCGUGACGUGAAGUUUGCUUUCGAUGCGGCGACUUGGAAUACUACGAUACAACAUACUAUUCUGUUGACGCACGUUUUCCGUCAACGCGACCCCGAAUUUGCGAACAUGCUUAACGAAAUGAGACUGGGCAAGAUUACACCGCAGACAAUUGCUGCGUUCCGAGCACUUUCCCGCCCAUUGGAUUUCCAUGACGCCCUGGAGGCUACGGAACUAUUUCCCACCCGCGCUGAGGUCGAGGGUGCUAACACUGCACGAAUGACCAGACUAUCUGGCGAGGUGAUGAAAUUCCAUGCAGUAGACGGAGGAACCAUUACAGACCCCAAGUAUCGUGAAAAGCUGCUGUCUAAUUGCAUGGCUCCACCGAUGAUUAACCUGAAAAAGGGAGCCCAAGUGAUGCUUAUCAAAAACAUGGAGGAUUCUCUCGUGAACGGAUCUAUUGGCCGAGUGGUAGCCUUCAUGGACGAGGGCACUUUCGACCAUUAUCGAAAUAAUGAAGCGGAUUUUGCGGGCGGGGAUGCCAAUCCCGAUGAAGACGACGCUGCUCUCCGCGCACGCAAGAAGCUGAAGCCAAUGAUCAACAAAGAAGGGGGCGUUACAAUGACGCGGAAAUGGCCACUCGUGUGCUUUAUGCAGCCAGACGGUACUGAGAGACACCUGCUCUGUCAGCCUGAGACCUGGAAGAUCGAGCUUCCAAAUGGUGAAAUCCAAGCCCAGCGCCAACAAGUUCCGUUGAUUCUCGCCUGGGCGCUCUCUAUCCACAAGGCCCAGGGCCAGACCUUGCAGCGGGUGAAGGUUGACCUUGGAAAGGUCUUUGAGAAAGGACAGGCAUAUGUGGCCCUGAGUCGAGCUACGUCCGCGGCCGGGCUGCAAGUCACCCGCUUCGAACCGCGAAAAGUCAUGGUCCACCCGAGGGUGGUUGACUUCUAUAACAAACUGGUGUCCAUCGACAAGAUCAACAACCCUGCGAAGCCCAAAGAGUCCGGUGUCGAUGAUGAUUUUGAGGGAGAUUCUGCCUUUGACUUUCUGUAG